AUGCCGCUUCAGGAUUUCCCCAUUGACAAAGUCGACAUAACGUCUGAGUUCUGGGGCUACAUCCAAGAUCGCUCCAGGCUUAAGACAGUCCCCGCUGUGAUCGAAGCCCAAAGGUCAUGGAACCAUUGGACCUGUCUCACGUGGAAAGAAGGCCAUGAUGUUAAACCUCAUCAAUUCUGGGACAGCGACAUUUACAAGAUCGUCGAAGCUGCUUGUUACUUCCUCAUCAAGCACCCCGACGAGAAAAUGAGAGCUACAGUCGAGGAGGCUGUCACCAUGAUUCAAGGCGCUCAGUAUGAUGAUGGGUACAUCAACUCUUUCUAUACAGUCAGGGGGAUCAAUCAGCGGUGGACUAACCUGAGGGACGACCAUGAGCUCUACUGCCUAGGACAUCUGUUGGAAGCCACUGUGGCGUAUGAAACACUCACCAAAAGUGGAAGGCUGCUCGAGGUGGCCAACAAGAUCUGCGGACAUCUCGACUUGAUGUUUGGUACGGAGCCGGGAAAAAAGCGCGGAUACCCAGGCCAUCAGGAAGUCGAGAUUGGUCUACUGCGACUGCACGACUUGACUAAAGAUGUUCUGCCACUAAAGCUAGCCCAGUAUUUCAUCACUGAGAGAGGCCGGCGCGAUGCCGACGGCGAGACCUUUUUCGACAAGGAGGCAUUUGCCCGUGGAGCAGAUCCAUACAAGGACAUGGGAACGGAGCACAAAGCCUGGUUUCAACACCCGCGGGACUACGCUUAUCAUCAAGCGGAUGAGCCUCUCGUCGAUUCUAGCGAAGUCAAGGGCCAUUCUGUCCGAGCAAUGUACUUUUAUACCGCAGCCACAGACCUUAUUCGACUAUCCCCAGAGAAGGAAGAAAAUGCCCCCAUUAAGGCGGCUUUGGACCGACUAUGGAGGGACAUGAUUGAUAAGAAAAUAUACGUGACAGGUGGCAUUGGAUCGGUGAGGCAGUGGGAGGGGUUUGGACAGGCAUACUCUCUUCCGGACCUCGAACACGAAGGCUGUUAUUCUGAGACGUGUGCCACAUUUGCACUAAUCAACUGGUGCAACCGUCUGCUAAGAUUGGACCUGAACUCUGAAUAUGGCGAUGUCAUGGAGGUUGCUCUAUAUAAUGGAUUUCUCGGUGCCGUGAAUCAAGAAGGGGACGCAUUCUACUACCAGAAUGUCUUGAGAACACGGAGCGGAGAGUCAAAGGAAAGGAGCAAAUGGUUUGGCGUGGCCUGUUGCCCACCCAAUGUCGCAAAGCUCCUAGGGAAUAUGGGGUCCCUGAUCUACUCUCACGAUCCUUCUUCACAUCUGGUGGCUAUUCAUCAGUAUAUCACUAGUGAGCUGAAGACUGCCGAUGGCAACAUUUCCAUCUCCCAAAAAUCGAACUUGCCUUGGCAGGGACGAGUCACACUCUCGGUUCAAGGAUCGACAAAGCUCGCUCUUCGCAUCCCGUCCUGGGCGAAUGGAUGGACCUGCUCAGCCACAGGGCGUUUGGAGAAGGGAUAUCUUUACUGUUCCGCCGAGAACACGGAGAUUCAUAUAAAUCUCCCUAUCAUGUUCCGCAAAGUUUAUUCCCACCCUGCGACGGGCAAGAACGAUGUUUGUCUGAUGAGGGGACCUCUCGUGUACUGCCUGGAGGACGUCGACAACAAAGAGAUUGACAUUGAUCGUGCUGGUAUUAUGGAUGGCCCUGUCAACGAUAAAUCAACCAUAUCAAUUUGCGGCCUUGAUGGCGUAGUGACUGGCCAAGCUGAGGGUAGGCAGUUGCGGAAUAGUAACAAGAGCCGACUGUAUGAGGAGAGCCCCUGGGAAUAUGACAGUCGUAAACGUGAUUUAAUUGCUAUACCUUACUUUCUACGGGCGAAUCGAGGUGGAGAGGGAGCGAUGCGAGUGUGGGCACCCCGACUAUCCAACGUUCCCGAGGAUGUCAAACUUGUUCGGAGGGGUUGA